ACUCUAAACCAUCAAACCUAAAUCACCAGCAAACGAAACACAAUAAAGCCCAAAAAAAUAUAAAAUAAAAUAAAUUUUAAGUUCCGUUUCCUCCGCCGUCCUCAAACGCCGGUUGCCGGUCACCAUGGCAAACUCUCAGAUCUACUUCACACUCACCGCCUUUUUCCUCUUAGUAGUCAUCAUUUCUCCGACCCAAGGCGGAAGCCAACCAGAUGACGGCGCGGCGGCUGAUAGAAUAUGGGCCCUUCCCGGGCAGCCGGAGGUUUCUUUCGAGCAGUUCUCCGGCUAUGUGACGGUGAACCGGGCGGCCGGUCGUGCCCUCUUCUAUUGGCUGACUGAAGCCUCUAUCCAACCACUCUCCAAACCCCUCGUCAUUUGGCUCAACGGAGGUCCGGGUUGCUCCUCCAUAGCGUAUGGAGCUUCAGAAGAGAUUGGUCCCUUUAGAAUCAACAAUAAGGCCUCGGGCUUAGUACCCAAUAAGUUCUCUUGGAACUCCCUCGCCAACCUCCUCUUUCUUGAAACUCCAGCUGGCGUCGGGUUCUCCUACACCAAUCGCUCCUCCGACCUACUCAACACCGGUGAUCGUCGAACUGCAAAGGACUCCUUAGAGUUCCUUGUACGAUGGCUCAACCGUUUCCCCUGGUACAAGACCCGCGACAUUUUUAUAACAGGUGAAAGCUAUGCUGGCCAUUAUGUUCCCCAGCUUGCCAGAGAAAUCUUGGCCUACAAUGCAAAGUCCUCCCACCCUAUUCAUCUCAAGGGAAUUAUGGUUGGCAAUGCCGUAACAGACAACUACUACGAUAACUUAGGGACAGUAACGUACUGGUGGAGCCAUGCCAUGAUCUCGGACAAGACGUACCACGAGCUCAUUAACACCUGUGAUUUUAGUCGACAAAAGGAAUCAAAUGAAUGUGAGUCCUUGUACACCUAUGCCAUGGAUAAAGAGUUUGGGAAUAUUGAUCAAUACAAUAUUUAUGCACCUCCUUGCAACAACUCCGACGGUAGUCUUGCUACCCGCCAGAGUACUAUGCGACUGCCUCACCGGACUCGGGCAUUCAGGCAAAAGGCAGGUUAUGAUCCUUGUACCGAGAAAUAUGCAGAAAUAUACUUCAAUCGGCCAGACGUUCAAAAAGCUCUUCAUGCCAACAUAACGAAAAUUCCGUACAGAUGGACUGCUUGCAGUGAACUCUUGAACCGAAAUUGGAACGACACCGAUGUAUCCAUACUUCCAAUUUAUAGGGAGUUGAUAUCAAGUGGCAUGAGAGUUUGGGUUUUCAGUGGAGAUGUGGACUCAGUGGUGCCUGUAACGGCGACAAGAUAUUCCAUUUCACAGCUGAAAUUAAGAACAAAAGUUCCAUGGUAUCCAUGGUAUGUCAAAAACCAGGUGGGAGGUUGGACAGAGGUAUAUGAAGGGCUUACCUUUGCAACAGUUAGAGGAGCAGGGCAUGAAGUUCCAUUGUUCAAACCAAGAGCCGCUCUUCAGCUUUUCAAAUCGUUCCUCAAAGGGGAACCCUUACCAAAAUCUUGAAAUCUCAUUUUCAUUUUGGUAUUUAGAGCAAAGAAUUUGCUGAAUGUAAUGUGUAAUUCUUCGAAACUGUUGGCAAAUUUGGAGAUUGGGGAAAGGGGGAAAAAGGAUAGGAGAAAUUUAAGUGGAUAAAAGAAGAGGCAUAUUGAAUGUUAGUAGGGAUUAUCAUGAAAUUGUGCAUUUCUUUUACGCCAUUA